GGGAGGCGCUGACUGGGCUGGCAAGCCCUGGGCACAGCGGAUGGUGCGGCCGCGGGCUCGGCACAGGAGACGCGCCAGGGCCACUCGCGCAGGGGACCAGACCCCGGGGCGAAGGGGCCGGGAGGAGCUCCCCACCCCGGGGCAGGAGCGGGGCCCGGAGCAGCGGGGCCCCAGUCAGCGGGCACGGCCCGGCCCGGCCCGGCCCGGCCCUCAGCAUGACAGAAGAAGUGCCCGCAGCUGCCACCGCGCCGGCGUGCAACGGGAGCGUUCCCCCGGAGGACGGCCCGCUCCAGGUCAUCGGUGGCCUCGAAGAAAUUGCAAAAUCUGUUGGGACGGUCCCGUACGCAAACGCAGAAAUGAGCCCUGACACUUCACCUGCCAAGGAAAAUCUGGAGGAAAAUAGAAAUUCAUUGCCAGAGGACAUCACGCCUGAGAGUUUUGCUGGAGAGAAGCGAUGCCAAGAAAAGCGAGAGGAGAACGCUGGGACACCACAGCAGGGACCAGCGGAUAUCCAGGACACAGGGACCAAUGGCCAGGGAUCAGGGGAAGGGCCGGGUGGCACGGCAGGGACGGGCACGGCGGGGACCGGCACGGCGGCCGCUCCCGGCACGGAGGUGGCGGAGACCCCCCCGGGCAGCGCCGAGCCCAGAGGGAACGCGGCCGAGGAGGCGGAGGAGGAGGAGGAGGCGGAGGCGGAGGAGGAGGACACCGAGGAGGACGAAGUUCAGGUGAUUGAAAUCAAGAAGGAGACCAGCGAGGCGGGACAGGGAGACAGCGGCAAGCAACCCUCGCCCCCGGGCAGCCCCGGCUGCAACUCCCCGCUGCAGAGCGGGGAGCCGCCCAGCCUGGGGAAGAAGAACGAUAUCUCCAGACACAGCUAUUCCAGGUACAACACAAUCUCCUACCGGAGGAUCCGUAAAGGAAACACCAAACAGCGGAUCGACGAGUUCGAGUCCAUGAUGCACUUAUGAACUGAGGGGGAAGUGCCUGACGCACCAAGCCUUUGCUCUGGGCUGGGUUUUAUUUUGUUCCCCCAAAACGUGUCUCUUCACACAACACAAGGUCACUGCUUUUCUUCUUUUUGUAUAUGAUUUAUAAUACACUGUGAAAAUUUAACAUCUUGGCUUUGACGGGGGCAGAGGCAUCCAUAGCGCAGGAAAAUAAAUAAUCAGUUUGCUAA